GGACUCCUUUUUUCUAUCGACAUUGUGCUUUUGAGCCAUGCUUCGCUUUUAAGUUCGUUAGGGAGGAAAUUUGCUCACUGGAAAGUUUUGCUUUAGAUGCUAAGUCAUAGCUGAUCUUUGUUUUUUUUUCAGUUCUAGAACUUUGGAACAUUAUAUCUUGUUAUUAGCGUAACACCUUUGGUUGUUAUUCUCAGGCAUGGCAUCCUCUGAUAAGCCAGAAGUAGUCGAAAGAGAGGUGAAAGACAAAGAACAUGAGGAAGAAGAUAAGCAUGAAGAAAAGGGAGGCUUCAUUGAGAAGGUCAAGGAUUUUAUCCAUGAUAUUGGUGAGAAGAUUGAGGGAGCAAUAGGAUUUGGAAAGCCUACUGCAGAUGUUUCUGGAGUUCACAUUCCCAGCAUCAAUCUGGAGAAGGCAGAAAUUGUUGUUGAUGUGCUGAUUACAAACCCCAAUCCCAUCCCGAUCCCCCUGAUAGACAUAGACUACUUGAUUGAAAGUGAUGGGAGGAAACUAGUGUCUGGAUUGAUUCCUGAUGCUGGAACAAUCCAUGCUCAUGGUUCAGAGACUGUCAAGAUUCCAGUGACAUUAAUAUAUGAUGAUAUCAAAAGCACUUAUGAUGAUAUCAAACCUGGAAGCAUCAUUCCGUACAGGAUCAAGGUUGCUCUCAUUGUUGAUGUGCCGAUUUUUGGAAGGCUUACCCUGCCUUUGGAGAAGAAGGGUGAGAUUCCUGUGCCUUACAAGCCAGAUGUUGAUGUAGAAAAGAUACACUUUAAUAAGUUUUCUUUUGAAGAAACAAUGGCCACCCUCCAUCUGAAGCUUGAGAAUAAGAAUGACUUUGACCUGGGACUCAAUGCACUAGAUUAUGAAAUUUGGCUCUCUGAUGUGAGCAUUGGAGCCGCAGAGCUCACAAAAUCUACAAAAAUUGAGAAAAAUGGAAUUGCUAAGAUGGAGAUUCCAAUCAGUUUUAGGCCGAAGGACUUUGGUUCUGCUCUUUGGGACAUGAUAAGAGGAAGAGGUACUGGUUAUUCAAUAAAAGGAAAUAUUGAUGUGGACACACCAUUUGGACAAAUGAAGCUGCCUAUUAGCAAAGAAGGCGGGACCACCCGCCUCAAGAAAGAGGAUGAUGAUGAUGAUGAGGAUUGAGGAGCUGUUCUAAUAGCUUUGCAUGUGCAAUGAAUCAGAUGUCUUGGUACACAGCCGUAUAGGCUAGGCUCCGAGUGAUGCUUGCACAUGAUCCCUUUGUUUCAUCUAAAUAUUUCCGAUGGCUUGUUGGUGCAGUUUGUUAAUGUGAACCGUAGACAAGUCUUUGUUGGUUCUGACAAUUUGGCCUCCUUUUUGGAGCAAUAUCUGGGAUCUAUUCUGGUUUAUAUGACAAUGUUUUUUCAUCUUUGGUUAUGCUUCUCUUCUACAUAUAUUUGUACGAGAGAUUGAUGAUUUAUCAUGAAUGACGUCUGGCUCCUUUCCACUGAAGGGGUUCCAGCUGGUGUUUGUUUGAAGAAA